AGCGGCGUGACUCAGCCCCGCCACUGGGCUCCACGCGGGGCUGCAGCCCCCAGCAGCCUCCCGGCCCUCGCCGGGGGAGGAACAGCCUACCCAGCCCUGGUCCAGCCCUCCGCGCCAGCAGCCAGAGUCGCGCCCGAGCGGCGGCAGCGCGACGCGGGGGAGCGGCGGCGCCUUGGUCCGAGGAGCGGCGGCAGCGGCGCCGGGGGCCGCCCCGAGAGCCCAGCGGAGUCCCCCCGCAGCCCCGGGCUGCGCUCCCUGCCGCUGCCCCAGGCCGGCGGGGGCGGGCGGUGCUGCCCUCUGGCGGUCGCGGUGCAGCGGGGGCGGUGACAUCGCCAGCGUGAAGAGGAGCGGAGCGGAACCGAACCGCAGCGUCCUCCCCCUCGGCACGGCCCCGCCGGUUCCUCCUCCGGCCCGGGGAGGGGGUGGAAAAGGCAAGCAGGCGCUGUCCGCAGCCGCGGUGCGCCCCGAGGUGGCUCCGUGCGGCGUGUGUCCCCCUCCCCGCCCCGCUGCCGCCGAUAAAUCCCGCUGCCCGGGGCGCAGCGCCGCACUUGGAGGGUGCAGCGCUGCGGGAAGGCGCUGGGGUUCGCGCCCAGGCUAGCGAUCCCCGCCCGAGGGGCAACAGGAGCUGCUGCCGCCGGAGCCCAGGAAAGCAAUGAACAGGAGGAAGCCUGGAAGCUUUUUGCUGCUCUGUUGAGUGUGGGACUGUGAAACCCAAGAACUGCACCUGAAGCAUCUCUACCCCUCUUCAAGAUGGGUGACUUCUGAACCUGGAACUCUUCAUUACAGGCUGCCCAGAGAGGUUGUGGAGUCUUCUUCUCUGGAGACUUUCAAGACCCUCCUGGGUGCAUUUGUGUGUGAACCACCCUGGGUGAUCCUGCUUUUGGCAGGGAGGUUGGACUCAAUGAUCUCUGGAGGUCCUUUCCAACCUCUAAGGUUCUGUGAUUCUGUGAAGUAGCUUCUUCUUUUCUUUCAUUGUGUGUCCUGGAGGGGAAAAUGAAUCUGACAAACUGCACCUCUGAAGCCAGCGUGGCUGCCAAGCCAAAAACAGUCACUGAGAAGAUGCUCGUCACCCUGACCUUGGCCACCAUCACCACCUUGACUAUGCUCCUGAACUCCGCCGUCAUCGCGGCCAUCUCCACCACCAAGAAGCUGCACCAGCCAGCCAAUUACUUAAUCUGCUCCCUGGCAGUGACAGACCUCCUGGUUGCAGUCCUCGUCAUGCCCCUGAGCAUCACUUACAUCAUGAUCGAUAAGUGGACCUUGGGCUACUUCAUCUGUGAGAUCUGGCUGAGCGUGGACAUGACCUGCUGCACCUGCUCCAUCCUGCACCUCUGCGUCAUCGCCCUGGACAGGUACUGGGCCAUCACCGACGCCAUCGAGUACGCCAGGAAGAGGACGGCCAGGAGGGCGGGGCUGAUGAUCGUCACCGUCUGGACCAUCUCCGUUUUCAUAUCCAUGCCCCCUCUGUUCUGGAGAAGUCACCACAGCGUCAGCAUCCCCAGCGAGUGCCGCAUCCAGCACGACCACGUCAUCUACACCGUCUAUUCCACCUUCGGCGCCUUUUACAUCCCCUUGACGCUCAUCCUCAUCCUCUACUACAGGAUCUACCACGCCGCAAAGAGCCUCUACCAGAAGCGAGGCUCCAGCCGCCACCUCAGCAACCGCAGCACCGACAGCCAGAACUCCUUCGCCAGCUGCAAGCUGACGCAGACCUUCUGCGUCUCGGACUUCUCCACCUCCGACCCCACCGCGGAGCUGGAUAAAAUCAACGCCUCCGUCAGGAUCCCUCCCUUUGAGAACGACCUGGAGCUGGCUGGCGACCGGCAGCAGAUCUCCACCACGCGGGAGCGGAAGGCCGCCCGCAUCCUGGGGCUGAUCUUGGGUGCUUUCAUUCUGUCUUGGUUGCCCUUUUUCAUCAAGGAGUUGCUGGUGGGCCUCCACGUCUGCGCCGUCUCCCCCGAAGUGGCGGACUUCUUGACCUGGCUCGGCUACGUCAACUCCUUGAUCAACCCUUUGCUCUACACGAGCUUUAAUGAAGAUUUCAAGCUGGCCUUUAGAAAGCUCAUCAGGUGUCGAGAACAUGCUUGAGAGUACUGGGAGAUUGGUGAUGGUGGUGAUGAUGGUCAUGAUGGUGCUGAUGAUGGUCACAGUGGUGCCAAUGAAGGUCAUGGUGGUGCUGACGAUGAUCAUGAUGGUGCUGAUGAUGAUCAUGGUGGUGAUGAUGAUGGUGCUGAUGAUGGUCAUGGUGGUGCUGAUGAUGGUCAUGGUGGUGCUGAUGAUGGUCACAGCAGUGCUGAUGGUGGUCACAGUGGUGCCGACGAUGGUCAUGGUGGUGCUGAUGAUGGUCACGGCGGAGCUGAUGAUGUCAUGGCAGUGCUAAUGAUGUCACAGCAGUGCUGGUGAUGGUCAUGGUGGUGCCGAUGAUGGUCAUGGUGGUGAUGAUGAUGGUGCUGAUGAUGUCACGGCAGUGCUGAUGAUGGUCAUGGUGGUGAUGAUGAUGGUGCUGAUGAUGGUCAUGGUGGUGCUGAUGGUGGUCACAGUGGUGCUGAUGAUGGUCACAGUGGUGCUGAUGAUGGUCAUGAUGAUGAUGCUGUGACUCCUGGCCUUAAGAAUGAGCAAAAUAAUUGGACUCUGGCACCAUUUCCCUUCCUAAAGGGAGAUUUUGUCUUGGCCUAUUUGCUUGACUUCUCCUCAGCCCACGACUUCCUUUUGUCAUCUGUGUUUUUUUACCUCCAAUGUUACUCCUGGUAAAGGGUUUGAAAUAAAUUUCUUCUACAAAGGA